CACUUACUUCGUCUUGGAAAUUCAGUGCAUUGCAAUUGCGUUUUGCGGGUGCCCGGAGGAUCUUCCCGCUUUUGGUUGUUCUGAGUGUUUUAGCCUAGCUAAAAGCGUUCGUGAGCCAAUUUUCCAGACAUUCACCAUCUGCUCCAUUCAAAAUGGCCCAGCGUCUCACCCUUCGCCGUCGCCUUCCUUACAGCACCGCAUCCAACAAACGGAAGAUAGUCAAAACUCCUGGAGGACGAUUGGUGUAUAUCUACCAGAAGAAACUUGCCACACCAGCAAGAUGUGGCGACUGCAAACGGGAUCUCCCUGGUGUUAUCCGCGCUCGCCCGAGGAAGUUGCAUUCAGUUAGCAAGCGUCUGAAGCACGUCACUCGCAGUUACGGAGGUUCCCGAUGCCAUAGCUGUGUUCGUCAAAGGAUUGUUCGAGCGUUUUUAAUAGAAGAACAGAAGAUCGUACAACGAGUCCUGAAAGCCAAGGAAACUGGAACAAAAAAAUAGAUGUCUCAUAAUCUUGUUUUUUUGCGACAAAAAGAAAUGAAUGAAUGCUUUGCGGAGUUUAUUGUAUGAUCAAGGAAAAUAAAGGAUCCAUCUUUG